CCCACAGGCAAGUGUCCCCCCUGCUUGCAGCCUCUCAGCUCUGCUUUGCACCAGGAAUUACAAUGAAUUUUGCAGCACAGUUUCUCUACUCCAAGGUGUUAAAAAACAGAAGUCCCAGGGACCGCUUCAGGGAAGAUGAAGACUACGAUCCUUUCUGGCAAAGGGAUGACAAUAAAAUAAAGAAACAAGAUGCCUCAGCACUUUGUGAUCUUCACUGUUGUAAAGAUGGGCCAAUAAGAAAUGGCCUUAUUGGGCAGAAGCCACUCUCUAUCAACCCUGAGAGACUGAAAGAUUUUGGUGAGGAGGAUUACCUGAAUGGGGAUGUGAAGACCUGGGAAAUGAAGAUAGUGAGCCGUAACGAGGAGUUACUUAGGGAUGCCCUUUCCAGCAUCCCUCAAUCAAGCAGUAGCACCACCCUGUCAAGCUAUAACAAGCUGAUUCGAUUUGAAGAUAUUAGUGCAGCAGCUUUCAAAAUCCAGUGCGGUAUUCAGAAAACCCCCUGCAUGUAUUCUAGGCUAUCCAAGCAGUAUGGAAUGGACAUCUACCUAAAGAAAGAGUUCCUCCAGUACACAGGAUCUGUGAAAGAACGAGGUGUACUUUACCUUCUGAUGUCAUUGCCUCAGGAUCAGCAAAGAAAGGGGGUGAUCGUGACUUCAGACAGUAACUUUCCCAUGGCUGUUGCUUAUCACGCCUCAGAGCUCCAUAUUCCAGUGUUUGUCAUCAUGUCAACCAGCACGUCCCCGGCCAGAGUGAAAAUGUGCCGUGAGUACGGUGCCAUGGUUAUAUCCUAUGGCACUACAGCUAAGGAUUCCCAGAUGCAUGCAAGAAGGUUGGCGCAAGAGAAUGGUUACCUCUACCUUGAAGAGGAGGACAGUGCUGUCUACCUGUCGGGCCUGGGAACCAUGGGGCUGGAGGUCUACGAGCAGGUGCCAAAGCUGGACGCAGUGAUUUUUCCUGCAGGAGGCCACUGUGGCUUGCUGGCAGGGUCGGCUGCUGCACUCAAACACCUCAACCCACAUAUUGCUAUAAUUGUAAGUUUCAUUUCACCUGCAGAUGUCAACACUUGUCUUCCCCAGGGGGUUGAAUCUGAAAGUUUCCCUGUACUGCAACAAUCCUUAAGGGCCGGCCACCCAAUUGAAGACCAGGCUUUCAGCAAUCAUCACUUCUAUGGAGAUGUGAGCGGGCUUUGCUUUGGCAGCAAUUCUUUGCAGCUUACUGGGAAACUUGUGGAUAAAGUUGUUGCUGUGAGGGAGGAGGACAUCCUCAUUUCGAUGCUGAGAUUGCUGGAGUAUGAGCGAGCCAUGGUUGAUGCAGAAGGGGCCAUUGGACUUGCAGCGCUGGUUGCAGGGAAGCUCCCCGAGUUGAAGGGUAAAAGAGUGGCAGUUGUUAUCUGCAGUGGAAACCUGGAGUUACAUUUGCUGCAGCAGUGCAUAGCACGUGCCCUGACCCUCGAUAACAGAGUCUGCAGAUUUUCGCUUGUGCUUUCUGACUGCCCAGGAGACAUUUCAAAGCUACUGGAAAUUUUGGCUCGAGAAGAAACAAGAGUUUUGGAUAUCAAACAAGAACGCACAUUUGUGACAACUGAACUCUUCACUGUAGAGGUCACUUGCACUGUGGAGACCAGAGACAAGAUCCACACAGCCCAGCUGAGGAACGCAGUCCUGGAACGCUACCCCACAGCUGUCUGGACCGAGCGGUGAUGGGCACAAGGGAAAGGGCCAAGGUCCUCUGACAAGUAUUUUUCAGAGCCCGAAUCUUGAGGCAUUCAGAACAAAUAUUAUCUUUCAAAGCUGAACAGUUAGCAAAUAGUUUCAGGAUAUUUAUUUCCUGCUCAAAAUGUAGUGAAUAGCCUUGGGAAUAAAAUUAAACACAAAACUUUAGCUUAGCUAA